AUGUACGAUAGACCAAAGGGUAUUGAAAACACUAGAAUUUGGGUCGAUGGAUGCUUCGACUUCACCCAUCAUGGACACGCUGGAGCUAUGAUGCAAGCACGUCAAUUGGGUAAGGAAUUAUACGUGGGAGUUCAUUCUGAUGAAGAGAUUUUGAAAAAUAAAGGUCCUACAGUAAUGAAAUUGGACGAAAGAAUGAAAAGUGUAGAAGGAUGUAAAUGGGCCACCAAAGCUAUUGCCAAUGCUCCGUAUGUUACUGAUCCCGAGUUCUUAAAAAAAUUUGAUUGUCCGUAUGUGGUUCAUGGUGAUGAUAUUACUACGGAUGCUAAUGGGGAAGAUUGUUAUAAAACCGUAAAAGAUUUGGGUAUGUUCGUAGUGGUCAAAAGAACUCCUAAUAUCUCAACCACAGAUUUAGUGGGAAGAAUGUUGUUGGGCAAUAAAGAUCAUCAUUUACCGUUAAUUACAUCGAUUGAUAAUGAAUUAUUUUCCCCUGAUAAUGUGUCCAGAUUUGGUAAAUAUGCCACAGACAAAACAGGCUUAAAUCCUCACUCAGGAGUUUACGUUAAUAUAGACGAUCAACCUUUGGUAACUAUCGUCGAACCUUCGAAUGACAUGUCUAAGGGCUAUGAAAAAUCAGUGUAUAUCGAUGGAGGAUUUGAUUUAUUUCAUCCUGGUCAUAUAGAAGUGUUAAGAUUAACUAAAGAAUAUGCUGAGUCAAUUGGUGCCGUGGUAGUUGUUGGAAUUCAUGAAGAUAAAGUCAUUAACCAAAACAGUGAAUUGAAUUAUCCUAUCAUGACGAUUUUCGAAAGAUCUUUAUGUGUAUUACAAUGCAAAUAUGUCGAUGGAGUCAUUUUAAGUGCACCAUUCAAACCAAAUAAAUUAUUCUUGGAUAAAUUCCCAGGAAAUAUCGUCAAUGUAUUCCACGGCCCAACUACCAUUAAACCAGAUGUAUAUCAAGAGUUAGAACCAGGCAUGUUCAAAACAAUCGAUGAACAUAAAUACUCUCAUAUUAAUACCAAAUUCAUUGUUAAUAGAGUUUUGAGUAACGUUGAAGCUUAUGAGGAAAGACAAAGGAAAAAAGGCUGGAAAGCCGAGAACGAAAAAAGGUUAAAAGAGGAAGAAGAUGCAAAGAAAUAG